AUGAUGGUCACUCCUAGUCGUGUCGUUUUUAAAGGAACUAAGCGAUCAUGCCCCUCGAGUUCACCGUCAUACCCUGCUUCGAGUCUACCUUGUUUGGAAGAUGCUAUGAGGGAGGUCAACACUUCCGCAUUGGUUCCUGAUUGUGUCAAGAAUGCGUUCAACUCUCUGAUCCAUGAGCUCAUCGAUAUUAGGGAGGAGCGUGACAAGCUCCGUCAAGAAAAUUUGCUUUUGCGUCAGAAACUUGGUAUUACCCCCGAUGUUCCAUUGAGUGAGGCUGAACCUAAAGUAGAGCAUUCAACUACUUCUUCGCCUGUCAUCAUUCGUGAUUGUAUCGAAUCUGAACGGCUCCGAUCUCUUGUUAUUGCGGGUGUUCCUGAGCUUAAGGACUCUGUUGUUAGAAUAGGUUAUGUUACGAUUAUAAUAAAUGCUUACCCGUCUCAGUUUACAGACUUAGGCCGUCAUAUUCAGAACAAGAAUAGAUUAUUGAAAGUUGUAAUGCCCUCGUCUUAUUUCCAGCGACUCGCAGUGCGACGGGCUCCCCGUCUUCGCUCCUUCCCUGGGAGAGGGGUCUUUCUUAAGAGAGUCCCUCUCGAAACCAGAGAGAGAGCGAAGGCGAGAAGAACGUCUUCAUCAUCUUUUCCGAAAAAUUGCACUUCUCUUGACCUGGUGGCCGGAGGUAGGUACGAUUUGUAUCUCUUCACAGAAACUUGGCUCAAAAAGCAUCACUCAUUAUCCUCUAUGCUUAAUGACUGGAUAAAUGACUAUGCUAUUUUGCGUUGUGACAGAAGCCAUAGAGCCGGGGGUGGAGUGGCAAUUUUAAUAAGAGAAACUAUAAACUACUCAGUUAUCAUAAGUGAGUCUGUUCCACAAGGGUAUGAAAUUCUUGCGACGGACAUUGCCACCCCUGAAUUUCGCUUUCGGGUUAUAUUAGCAUACAGACCACCGUCGACCUCAUCCACUAUUACUGAGCAGUUAGCCAAAGCUAUCAGCGAUCUAGCGGCUGCAGCAAUCCCGGUAAUUAUAAUAGGUGAUUUCAAUCUCCCAGAAAUUAAAUGGGAUCGAUGUAACGAUGUCGAAGAAUCGCACCACCCACUUGCCGAAACUUUUGUUUUGCAUGGUUUUAAGCAAUUUAUCGCUGAACCUACCAGAGGGAGUAACAUUCUAGAUCUAUUGCUUUCGAAUGACCAUGAAUUUAUUAAAAAUGUUACUGUGAGGUCUCCUAUUGGCGAAAGCGACCAUUUUAGUAUUUGCUUUGAUAUUUCGGUAUGCAUGCCACCUUUGAUUCCUGUUUUGAAGAGGUUAUUUUCUAAAUGUGAUUACUCACGUGUUGCAACUUACCUUUUUAAUAUAUUAUGGAUGGAAUCUUUCGAAUCGGUUCCUACAGUGGAAGAAAAAUACAUGAUGUUUCUGUCAAUCCUCAAUCAUUCUAUGGACACUUUCGUUCCUUGGGUUUAUGUCUAUCCGAGCAAGCCGAAUUUGCCUCCCUACCUUCAGAACAUGUUAGAUCAUAAAGAAUGUCUCUUACGGUAUGCCAAGCUUACCGGUGACUGGAAUGAGUACAACACAUUCUCUAAGAAGUUUACUGAGAGGCUGCUCAAAUAUAAUAAAAACGUUGAAAAGAAUAUCAUUCAGUCUAAGAGCACUCAACGCUUUUACAACUUCAUGAGGUCUAGACUCCGCAAGAAGACACAGGUAAUUUACUACUUGAAUGACAAGGACAAGGCAAAUGCUUUCGCAAAUGAAUUUAGCAAAACCUUCCAACAAGAUGACAACUGUCUUCCACCAUACUCUCACACUAUUUCAAGCACAAUGCAAACCUUCCCCCAUUUCGACCCAAGCGAUGUCUACAAUCUUUUGAUGAGGUGGCCAUGCUCACACUCUAUCACUCCGGACCAUAUUCCUUUCAUAUUUGUCAGAAACAUUGCUCAUGCUAUCGCCUUCCCUCUGGCUUACAUAUUUAACCAGUCAAUCAUGUUUUCUCAACUAGGAUUCCAUGAGAAAGUAUACAAAUGGAUUGGAGAAUUUCUUACUGGAAGGACUUUCCAGGUUCGUAUAAACAAAUCCUACUCUAAUAUCUUUCCUUUCCUCAGCGGCAUCCCUCAA